AUGCUGCCCUGUUUCUUGUUCCUGCCCAAGCACAUCAGCACAUCGUUGGUGUUCCUGCGCAGUGCGCGCCACGGCUUCGCUUUCCUGCCGCGCUGGGUCCCCAGGCUGUCCUCGGACUACCCGCCCGCCGCCCCCAUUCGCCUGCUGGCCGCAGCCGCCUCUUCCUGGGGGCCGGCGGGGGCCGCCGGCGCCCCCUCCCGGGUGCGCCAGAACUUCCACCCGGACUCCGAGGCCGCCAUUAACCGCCAGAUCAACCUGGAGCUCUAUGCGUCCUACGUGUACUUGUCCAUGGCCUAUUACUUCUCCCGAGAUGACGUGGCCUUGCACAACUUUGCCAGAUAUUUCCUUCGACUGUCUCGCGAGGAGACCGAGCACGCGGAGAAGCUGAUGAGGCUGCAGAACCAGCGGGGAGGACUGAUCUGCCUGCAGGACAUCAAGAAACCGGAUCAGAACGACUGGAAGAGCGGGCUGAAUGCCAUGGAGUGUGCUCUGCUCUUGGAAAAGACUGUGAACCAGUCGUUGCUGGAAAUGCACACUCUGGCAUCAGACAAAGGUGACCCCCAUUUGUGCGAUUUCCUAGAAACCCACUAUCUGAAUGAGCAGGUGAAGUCUAUCAAAGAACUAGGUGACCACGUGAACAACUUGAUUAAGAUGGGGGCCCCUGAGUCUGGUCUGGCAGAGUACCUUUUUGACAAACAUACCCUUGGAAAUGAAAACAAUCACAACUAA